AUGAAGUUCUCUUUCACCUCUCUGGUCUCAAUGCUCUGCCUGACGGGCGUCAUGGCUGGAAGUCUCAACCGAUACCAGGUUUCACCCCCAGCCGAGGUCGCGGUUCUUCAGGACAGACAAGCUCUCAACGAGUUUGUGAAGUCCAACCCGGAUGGCUUUCUUCACUCUGAGAAUGGAGGCUACUACAUGAAAGACCUGCACGAAGCAGUCGUUGCUAUCGCUUCUGAUGACCUAUGUGGUGAACUAGAUGGUUCUUGGGCCAACGCCGAAUCCUCCGUUGAAGAUGAUGAAGAUGAUGAUGUGACUGAUGUCACAAAGAGAGAGCUAAACUCCCUCAACGCGAGUAAUAAAUGCAGCCAUCCUCGUUGCUUCAACCACGCUACCUGCUUGACCUAUUCCAACUGCCACGUCUGUGGUAGCCGGAAGAAGUGCAUUUAA